AUGGAGCGGAGAAACCUGAGUGGGAGAGUAAGUGAGUUUGUGUUGGUGGGCUUCCCAGCUCCUUUCCCACUGCGGGCUCUGUAUUUCGCCCUUUCUCUGCUGGCCUACGUGUUGGUGCUGACGGAGAACACACUCAUCAUUGUGGCCAUUAAGAACCACUCCACCCUCCACAAACCCAUGUACUUUUUCCUGGCUAAUAUGUCCUUCUUGGAGAACUGGUAUGUGACUGUCACUAUUCCCAAGAUGCUGGCUGGCUUUAUUGGAAGCAAAGACGGUCAAGGACAGCUCAUCUCCUUUGAGGGCUGCAUGACACAGCUUUACUUUUUCCUGGGACUGGGCUGCACGGAGUGUGCGCUUCUCGCUGUGAUGGCCUAUGACCGCUAUGUGGCCAUCUGCCAUCCUCUCCACUAUGCUGUUAUUGUCAGUGGCCGGCUUUGUGUGCAGCUGGCAGCUGGCUGCUGGACUGGAGGCUUUGGUAUCUCCAUGGUCAAAGUUUUUCUCAUUUCUCGCCUCUCUUACUGUGGCCCCAACAUUAUCAACCAUUUUUUCUGUGAUGUCUCGCCGUUGCUCAACCUUUCAUGCACUGACAUGUCUACGUCGGAGCUUACAGACUUUGUUCUGGCCAUUUUUAUAUUGCUGGGGCCACUUACUGUAAUUGGGGCUUCCUACAUGGCCAUUGCUGGUGCUGUAAUGCGUAUUCCCUCUGUUUCUGGUCGUUAUAAAGCCUUUUCCACCUGUGCCUCUCACCUCACUGUGGUGAUCAUCUUUUAUGCAGCCAGUAUUUUCAUCUAUGCCCGGCCAAAGGCACUCUCAGCUUUUGACACCAAUAAGCUGGUCUCAGUACUCUAUGCUGUCAUUGUACCAUUGCUUAAUCCUAUAAUUUACUGCCUACGUAACCAAGAGGUCAAAAGAGCUUUACGGCGUACUUUACAUAUGCACCAGGACCAGGGCACUAAGUCUGGGUAA